CGCUACAUGCGUUCUGGCGCGGCGGGCAUAGCCUUCCCCUGACACAAGAGAGACCACUACACCUUGCUUGCAGCAAGCUCACUCAGCCAGACUAGCACCGCCGUCAACACGGCGAUAGCUUUGUCCAUUGCAGAAGGAUAGCACCGUGGACAGUGAGGCACACGGUGCCAAGAUGAGCAAGUUAGUAAUAAUUCACCUUCUCUUGACCAUCGCCCUCGGAGUGUCCGGCGAUGUCUGGCCCAAUCGCUACUUGAUCCCCGUUGAGAUCGACGCCUCUUCCGACAAGAUGAUCGAGUACAUAAACUACUUGAACACCACCUGGAAGGCCGGCCGCAACCCUGGCUUUGAAGAUCCCAUGUACGUGCGUGGCCUCCUCGGAGUGCUGCCGGAUAACUCUCGGUACCGACUGCCCGAGCGGGCGGUGGACAUCAGAUCGCUUGGUCCCUUGCCCGAGGACUUCGACUCGCGAGAGAACUGGCCCGAUUGUCCCACCAUCCGCGAGAUUCGGGACCAGGGCUCGUGUGGAUCCUGCUGGGCUUUUGGGGCCGUGGAAGCCAUGUCGGACCGGACCUGCAUCCAUUCUCCGGAAGGAGGAUCGAAGGUGGUCGUCCACCUUUCCGCCGACGAUUUGCUGUCAUGCUGCAGAAGCUGCGGAAUGGGGUGCCAAGGCGGUUACCCGGGCUCCGCCUGGAGCUUCUGGGUGCACAAGGGCAUCGUCACGGGCGGCAACUACGACUCGGACGAAGGCUGCAUGCCGUACCCGAUCAAGUGGUGCGACCAUCACGUCAACGGUACCCUGGGACCCUGCGACAAGAAGAUCCCUCCCACGCCACGAUGCGUGCACAUGUGUCGAAAGAGUUACCACGUGGACUACAUGAAGGACAAGCACUACGGCAACAGCUCUUACUCGGUACCCUCGGUGGCAAAGCAGAUCCAAGCAGAAAUCAUGACCAACGGUCCAGUAGAGGCGGACUUCACUGUCUACUCUGACUUCCCCCACUACAAAUCUGGCGUGUACAAGAGGCACAGUACCGAGGCCUUGGGCGGCCACGCCAUCCGGCUGCUGGGCUGGGGCGUCGAGGAAGGCGUCCCCUAUUGGCUGGCCGCCAACUCGUGGAACUCGGAGUGGGGAGACAGAGGCUACUUCAAGAUCCUUCGCGGAUCGGACGAGUGCGGCAUCGAAAACGACGUCGUUGCUGGGCUCCCAAGAUACUGAAGUUCUUCACGGGCAUUUUUUUAGCCAACAAGCGUAGCGCAACGUGCUCUAAUUUCGCUACGCAUCUGUUGUUGUUUGCUUACACAGACCCUUUCAAUUUUUUGUUUACCCGUUUAAUGAUAUACGGUAAUGCAGGUUCAUAUUUGGGAGAAGUGUCGCCAAUAAAACUCCCGAAACAGUGUCUCGAUGUUACUAUAUACUACUCGUAAUAAAAUUGACAAAGUUUUACGUCACCAUAGCCGCACAGUGGGCUGUCAAGGGCGCCGCGUUAGAGGACUCCAGAUGGACUUCGAGAUGGUGGAGGAGGCCUACUUGAAGUAGUUCCUCCCCCCACCCUCUAUUCCAUUGCCCCCUUUCCUUGCAAGAGGGAUAAAUAAAGUUUUUAAUUCAUUCA